AUGGGCCAGUAUCUUGAUAAAAGUUCGGGUCAAAUGUCAAAAUCAACGCCAACAAAUUCAUUUUCGACAACACAUGUGAAAAAGAAGGCAAAAAACGACUUAUACGAGUUUAAUAGUGCAACGAAAACAUUAUUGUCACAUUUAAAUCAUAAUUCAUCUUUUAAUCAGCGAAAUUCGUUACAACAAAGAUCGACUAAUAGUACUAUAUCCCGUGUACAUCAUCACCAACCUAAAACACAACUGGAGCCCCGUCGAGAUAUGCCUAUUCAUAAAAUUCCCGAAUUACUUGCUAAAAUUACUUGCCAUAUAUCUCAAUCAUCGGAUAAAUACUCUUCCCUAGAACACACAACAACCGUUGAAUUAUCAGACCAACGAAUUGAGAUUCUAUUUCAAACUUACUGUAAUGAACGGGGAACGGAUAAAACUAUUGAUAUUGAUGGUAUAAUUAAAUUUUGUUAUGAUUUGCAGUUAAAUCCCGAAUCAUUUGAAAUUCUUGUAUUAGCAUGGAUAUUUCGUGCCCAACAAAUGUAUCAUUUUACUCAUGCAGAAUUUACUGGAGGAUUCAAAACAAUGAAAUGUGAUAAUAUUAAUGAUUUAAGAGUAAAAUUAUGUACUUAUAUUGAACAAGAGCUAUUGACAAAUGAUUAUUUAUUUUACAAAGAUUUUUAUUCUUGGACAUACUACUUUGGUUUAGACCGUUCGAAUGGUCAACGAAAUUUAGGCGUUGAUAUUGCCUGCUGCUUAUGGCGCUUAAUCUAUUCACAGCGAAAACAACCACCCAGCAUAUUGGAUUCAUGGUUAAAUUAUUUGGAACAUGUACAAACUCAUAUUAAAGUUAUUACAUUUGACACAUGGAAUGUAUGGCCUCAAUUUUCCAAAUAUAUCGAAAAUAAUUUAGAUAAUUACGAUGAUUCAGAAGCAUGGCCGUGUUUAUUCGAUGAAUUUGUAGAUUAUGAAAGACAAAAUAAACAACAGACAGAAAUAGAAAACAUAAUGACGACAUAA